AUGUCAAAGUCAAACUCCAUUGUCAACACCCCUCUCCUGUUUCUUCUCAUAUGGGGCUUCACUGCGAGUGCUGGUUUUGCACCACCUUGUGAAUUUCCUGCAAUUUACAACUUGGGCGACUCUAACUCAGAUGCAGGAGGGAUAUCAGCUGCGUUUAAGCUCAUUCGAACUCCUUACGGAGAAAGGUUCUUCCAUAAGCUAGCUGGUAGAGAUUCUGAUGGCCGCCUCAUUAUGGACUUUAUAGCUGAGCGUCUGAAAUUGCCAUACUUGAGUGCGUAUUUGAAUUCACUUGGAGCAGAGUUUCUACAUGGUGCCAACUUUGCCACUGGAGGAUCAACGAUUAGCCUGCAGAGUGAGACCAUUUUUCAGUAUGGAAUUAGCCCUUUUGAUAUGCAGAUUGCGCAAUUCAAUCAAUUCAAAGCACGCUCCAAAUGUCUUUACAAUGAAGCAAAGUCAGACGCAGAUAGAAACAAACUUCCAAGACCUAGGGAUUUUGCAAAGGCUCUUUACACGUUUGAUAUUGGACAAAAUGAUCUUUCUGUUGGCUUCCGAAGGAUGAAUUCUGAUCAACUUCUAGCAGCAAUGCCAGACAUCAUUUACCAGUUAGUUUCAGCUAUAAAUAAUAUUUAUCUACAAGGAGGAAGGACAUUUUGGAUUCACAACACAGGGCCAAUUGGUUGCUUGCCUGUGAAUCUAUUCUAUGUCAAAAACCCACCACCGGUCUUUCUUGAUCCGUAUGGCUGUGUGAAGACUCAAAAUGAUAUGGCUGUAGAGUUUAACAAACAGCUUAUGGUCAAGUUAAGGGCAGAGCUCCCUGAUGCUGCAAUAACAUAUCUAGAUGUUUAUACUGCAAAGUAUGACUUGAUCAGCGAUACCAAAAAUUUAGGAUAUGCUGAUCCGAUGAAGGUCUGUUGUGGGUACCAUGAGAACUACGACCAUGUGUGGUGUGGAAACAGGGCAACCAUAGUGUAUGGGGCUUCUUGUAAAGACCCUUCAAAAUUUAUCAGCUAGGAUGGUGUACACUAUACUCAGGCCGCAAAUCAGUGGGUUGCUAAUCAUACUCAUUCUGGCACGUUGAUGGAUCCUUCAGUUCUGCUCGUCCAAGCAUGUCACAGGCUUUGAGUCUACCAUCAGUCUUACUUCUUAUUUUGGGAAACUAUGAAAAAUUAAAGAAUUAGUCCUACAAGAGAUCGCCUAACUGGUUCAUAUCUGGAAAGAUGUGGCCGUUUAGUUUAUAUGCAACCAUUUUAAGGUUGAUAA